AUGGAUUCUGGCAACCGCACCCACAGGUCAGCGCACCAGCAACUAGACUCUCAUCAAGGCCACGGGCAGCACCGGGCAGCACUGGAACCUCCAUCACCGUCCGCGUUAUCUUCGACAUCAUCUUCAUCCGGGACGAGGGUUCGUCCGUCAAAUUCAUCAACAUCCAAGGCUUCUUCAGUUCCCGGUGCGAUACAGCCACGUCCGACGACAACGACGACAAUGAUAGGCCCGACGUCGUCGUUCUAUGACCCAGAUGAGGCUCAGCAGCAGCAGCAGACAGCGGAUGCCCGUGCUCAGGAGUAUCAUUACUGGGCGCAACAUCAACAUCAUAUGGUCCAACCAAAUCAUCCUAUGCAGACCCUCCACCAGCCUCAUCCUCGCCCGCACAUGUCCCACUCAGCGUUGACCUCGGCCUUGGGGGAUUCUGGAACGGACCCAUACGAUUACAACGAGUAUACCACAGCUGCCACUGUUUUCCCCGAUCACCACGGGGCUUCGGGGUUGGCAGCGGUAGCGAGUAACACGUACAACCCAACGCAGUCCCAGCCCCAAGGACGAAGGGUACCAGCCGUAGCGAACACCACGCAGUCGUCGAUAGCUCAAAAUUACCAUCAUCCUCACUCACAACCGGUGCGGCAGCAAACUCAUCAAGUUGGGGAUCGAUCGUAUCCGUACUACUCUGAUACGCUGACGGCGAAUCCCCAUGCUACGUACACACGUUCGCAAGAUGGCGGCGUCGCUGAUAUGUCGGGUAGUAUCAGCAGCAAUAGUGGAAAUGGAAUGCCCGGCUCCAGUUACUCCCAGGGAGCUUCGAGCACCUACUCCCCAAGCUCUACCACAACCAAUUCUCCGUUCACCCAUGCACAGAGCGUAUCACCCGCUCACGGGUUGCCGAGUCACACAUCCCAAGGGCAUGUUCAACAAACACAUUCACAAUACUCGCAAGGGCAACAAGCGAGGCAAGGAGGUCAACAAGGAGCGGGUAUCUCUAGUGUUAUGAAUGCGAACGUUCCUGCGUUUCCCCAGCAGCAGUAUACAAAUACGACAGUCCCCUCUCAAAGGAGUCCUGGGGCAAGCGGCAGCAGCGGAACAUUGGGGGCGGGGGCGGGGGCAACUACGAGUGGAGGUAGCGCGAAGCGAAGGGCGACAGGUGGUGGACAGGCUGCGGCGAGUGGGGGGCGUGUCAGCGGGAAUUACGGGGCUAGUAGCAGAAAGCGCCAGCGAGGCAAAGAGACCGACAGCGAUAGUGAUGAUGAAGGAUUUGCCAUGUUUCCACCAGCACCAGGAAGCUGGAGCAUGGCCUCGGAGAUCAGAGUCGGACUGGCUGGUGUGGGUGUAGAGUCUUCUGGUGGUUCGCAGAGUGCUUCAUCUCGACUGUGA